GCCCGAGAACAUUUUCCGUUAACUCCAAGGUGCGCGUACAUAUGCCUGCAUGUCGAGGGGAAGCGUUGAUGCUUAGAAAUGAUAGGAGUGCCGGGUUAGGGCUAGCUCUCGCCCGAGAGCGCGUCAAGAUGAAGUCAUCGAUAAGAUGGACUAUAUAAAUCCUACAACUUCAGACAUGCAGGAAAUAAAGGCAGGCAUUGACAACGAUACAAGACAGACGAAUACACAGAUAGAAAAGAAGAAUGGACGCGAACAACCCCAACAUCGAGAAGCGAUCAACCCCCCAGUGGGCGUUGUAUCAGCGCGAGAACUUCUGGAAGGUCAACGAUGGACAUGUUCCUCCGUUUAACACACACCCCAUCAAACUCGAACAACGAGCCCGCGAACGCCUCACCGAGUCCGGCUGGUUCUACGCCUCCUCCAACGCUGGCAUGUCCAAUACACACCUCGCCAACCGCCAAGCCUUUUACCGUCACCGCAUAAUCCCCAACCAACUCGUCGACACGAACAACCGCGACACAACCACCGAGAUCUUCGGCCACAAGGUCUCUGCACCCAUUGGCUUCGCACCAAUCGGUAUCAACAAGAUUUAUAAUCCACUGGCAGAGUUACCUGUCGCCAAGGUCGCAGGAGAGCUGAAUAUCCCGUACUGUCUGUCGACGGCUGGGAGUACGGCGAUUGAGAAAGUUGGCGAAGCGAACGAGAACGGGCCGCGGUUUUUCCAGUUGUACAUGCCCCAUGAUGAUGAAUUGACACUGUCAUUGCUGAAGCGUGCGUGGAAGAGUGGUUUCGAUGCGGUCAUGUUGACGACGGAUACGUGGCAGCUUGGUUGGAGACACGAUGAUGUUGCGAGCUCCAAUUACGCGUUCUACCGGGGCAUCGGUGCGGAUUUGGGCCUCACUGAUCCCGUCUUCCAAAAACGGUGUCGCGAGGACGGUAUUGAUCCCGAGAAAGAUGUUCUCGCGGCGUCGACAAAGUGGAUUGAUUCGAUUUGGCACGGUCGUGCGUGGUCCUGGGAGAAGCUCCCGUGGUUGAUUGAACAGUGGAAAAAGAUCUCAGGAGGCCGCCCGUUCACUAUCAAAGGCAUCCAGUCCGUUAAAGACGCGAAGAAGUGUAUCGAGUACGGCGUCGAUGGGAUUGUCGUGAGCAACCACGCAGGUCGGCAGGUUGACGGCGCAAUCGCUAGUCUCGAUGCGCUGGAAAAUAUCGCGAAUGCGGUUGGCGACAAGUUGUAUAUCAUGUUUGACUCUGGGGUGCGUGGCGCGAGUGAUGUCGUCAAGGCACUUGCACUUGGUGCGAAGUUUGUGUUUGUGGGGAGACUUUGGGUUUGGGGAUUGAGUAUAAUGGGUGAAGAGGGGGUGAGGCAUGUCAUGAAGAGCUUGUUGGCGGAUUUGGAUAUUUUGAUGGGUGUAGGUGGGUUUAAUAAGGUUGAGGAGUUUGAGAAGGACAUUUUGGAAUCAUACCCCAAGUCGUACAAUCUGAUCCCGGAUAAGGUGCUGUAAUCACCUGGAUAAUGAAUGAUGGACCUUCAAUGUAUAUAUUUUGAUGAUGUAUAUCCACUUGAGAAACGCGUUUGUCAGGUGCAAACGAAAUAAACGAAUGUAUAUAACAUGUACGAUGAAUGUAUGGGUAUGCCCCUGUACAGAUAAACGAUAGUAUAAAGACAAUUGAAGAAAGAAAAGCAUCCCCGUGUACCGGAUGCAAACGAGAGGUGU